AGCAAAAAACCUGAUGAGCCUCAUUCUUGCUUGUCAUUGUUCCCUACUCCAAAGUCUUGUCAUUGUUUUCUCCGAGGCUCAUUUGACUAAAGCAGGUAUUUAGACCUCUAUAUAAAUAGUUGUUUUAAGAGGAUUCAGCUGACCUUAUUCACCCUGAGAACGAUGACUAACUUUUGGAAAGUAGCGAUUGUCCUGAGCGCCUUCAUCGCAGCAGCUCAGUGCCUAACCUGUCGUCAGUGUCCUCUUGGUGUGCUUGGGAUUUGCCUGUUUGGAAGUGAUGUCACCUGCAAUAACGCAACCGAGAGCUGCUACACCGGUGAAGCUCAGUUCAACGCCACCGGCUCGCUCAGCCUUCACACUCGCGGCUGCCUGGACUCAGAUCUGUGUGGGGCGACGCUGACCGGCACAAUCCUGGGAGCCGGAUACACAAGCAGCUUCAAGUGCUGCACCACAACGCUGUGCAAUGGAGCCUCGGGCCUGCAGCUGCCUCUGACUUUAGCCUUCUGCGCCGCCAUCUUGUCCUCUCUGUGGGGAUUCUGGGAGAUGUAGUCCUACAUGAUCUGCACUGAUUCAAGUAUUAAUCACAGUUUACUUCACUCCGAUUUCAAAAUGUUGUGAUAGUUUUAAUGAAACUCAAUCAAUAAAGGCAAUGAUCUGUUUUUCCACCUUUUAUACUCACACAACACAAAUACGAGUUAGUAUCUGCCAUUCAUUUUAUUUGAAUUGUGAAUUUAAGGAGUCGUGAUUAACUUAAGACUCAACAGCUGCAUUUUUAGUCAAAUCUGUGUUUUCAUUUCGGUACAUUUAAAUGUGAAUACUUUUAAGGCAUCUGCAUAAUUAGUCAGCUACAAUUGCUGCAUUUUAUUGCAGAAUUUUAUUCCUGGCAGCAUGGAGCAGGAUUCAAAAGAAGUUAUAGAUGUAAUAGAAAAUCUCCUGAUGUAAAACACACAACCUACUAUUGGUUAUAGAAGGAAGGAGUUUGGAGUGUGUCAAGUUGGUAAGAUUUUAGUCAGCUGUGUUAAGUUUAUGAGCACAUCUUGUUUUUCACAUGAAACCUGUAAAAAUCUAGUAAUAAUCUAAACAAAUUCAACAUAAACAUUUCAGAUAAUGGCAAUAUUAAAGACAUUUUAGAGAGGGAACCUGCUGAAUGAUUCCAGUCUUGAACACAGUCUUUGAAAACUUCAAUUUAAAAAAUAAAUGGUUAACUUUUAAAGGUUUUUCAAAUAUCAGUUAUUGAAUAUAUUAUGAGUCAGAUUCUUCUAGCCUAAUUCAUUUGUCUUUUCUUUCUUUUUGUAGCCUAAUAAAUGCUUUCCUCAAUCAAAA